AUUGAUAGAGGUAUUAGGAGGUAGCCAUUUUUUCGGAGACUAAAGUCAAUAGACUUGAGCGGAGCUGCACUUGGGAAAAUGGCUCCCUCGGUGGAGACAUUAGAGAAGUAGCUGAGCUAGGCGGGGUAUGGUGUCACUGGUCCGGAUCUGGGACUGCAGCGCUGGGGAAGCCGGUGACUCGGAGGAGUUUUUGGUUUAUAGGGACUGACUAGUCGUUUUUGGGCUUGACAUCUUGUCCCUGUGAUGUCGUAUGUGUGACAGUGCUUUGAAUACGGACCUCUGCUCCGACCUGAGCCUUUUCCUGAUUGUUGUCAUUGCAUUUUAUUGAGUAAGAAUGCUGAACGUCCCAACACCGUCAUUCCCUGUCCCCAACUCCCAGCAAAGGGUGUCCGCAGGUGGCCGAAACAAGACACCACUGAAGCCUGGAAGAAGUCUGAUGCACUGGAUUAGAGUCAAAACUAGCGGUAAAGAUUUAACAGGCCAAAGUGGAAGAAUAAGUGAGGUGACAGAAGAGGAACUUGCAAAACACAAUAAAAAGUCUGAUUGCUGGAUAUGUAUUAGAGGGCUUGUAUAUAAUGUCACUCCUUACAUGGAAUAUCAUCCAGGAGGUGAAGAAGAGUUAAUGAAGGCAGCAGGAGCAGAUGGUACACAACUUUUUGAUGAGGUUCAUCGUUGGGUCAACUAUGAAUCCAUGCUGAAAGAGUGCUUUAUUGGGAGAAUGGCUGUCAAGCACGCUUCAUUGUUGAAAGCCUUAACUUCAUCAGACAACAAAGUAACACAAGAAGUAAAUGAUGCAGUGUCUCUUUUGCAGCAUGAAGAUAAACUCUUUCAUCCCAGAUAUGAAUGGUUCCAGACAGAUUCUAAUGUUAUUGUAGACAUAUACACCAAGCAAAAGAAUAUGAAAUUGAAUCUCGUCACUGUUGACUAUCAAGAGAACAUCUUCAGAGUGGAAAUAACUGUCAUAGAUUAUUCCUAUCUUCUUUUAAUUGAAUUGGAGAACACAAUACAAGGCUUUCAAGUUCAUGCUUCAGGGAAGACUGGAAAAGUAGAAUUGGUUCUGCAGAAGAAGGAUUGCACUGUCUGGAAGAGCUUGGGGAAGUCACUAGAGGGAAACAACUCCUUUGUUAAAAGCUCUCAAAGAGGCCAUUAUUAUAGGAAAUGCAGACUAUCUUCAAAAAUGGAUGUCAGUCAUAACACCAGGCUAUUUUGCUUUGCUCUUCCUCAGGACUGUCAUGUUGAGGUCCCCGUGGGAUACCAUAUUUACCUCAAUUUAACUAUUUCAGGUGUGGAAGUGGUUAAACCUUAUACACCAGUUUCCCAGACGUUGGUGUCAGAUCCACAAGAAACAUCUGGCAAUAUUGAAAAGUACAUCUAUAUAAUUAUUAAAAUCUACUCAAAUGGAAGCUUUACACCUCUGCUUGAAAACUUGGAAAUAGGUGACAACAUUUUAAUGAGCAACCCACGAGGAUGUUUUAAGACUUCCCAAGUUGAUGAAGUUGAGGAUAUUUUUCUUCUGGUAGCUGGCACUGGUUUCACACCAACUGUAAAAUUACUGAAUCAUGUUUUAAAUGGCUCUAACACACUCAGAAAAGUAAAACUGAUAUUCUUCAAUAAAACAGAAGAUGAUAUUCUGUGGAGAGAACAGUUGGAGAAGUUGUCUUCAACUGACAGAAGGUUUGAAACACAGUUUGUGCUCUCAGAACCAAAUGAUUCAUGGACUGGCUGUAAAGGGCAAAUAUCAACUUCACUACUUUCAGAGUCCAUUCAAAGAAGUAAAGAAGAUUCCACAAUUCUUAUUUGCAUUUGUGGUCCAAAUGGAUUUGUUGAACAAGCAGAAAGGUCUUUGGAAGAUCUUGGUUUUUCCAAAAAGGACAUUUUUGUUUUCAGAGAAUGAGCAUUCAUACAGUAGUGACUGGUGACUCCCUCAAAACCUAUGCAUUCAACCACUAUGCAUACCAAUAUUCGCUGUCUGAAGAACAUAUAGAUAUCUACCCCUAUCUGUUGUACAUAAGUUCAAAUCUCAAAAUAAUGGUUCUUCUCUUUUUUAAUACAUUAACAAGAGUAUGUUGAAUAGUUUGGCAAUGUAUGUGAUAUAUGCCUGCUGAUAGCUUUCUCAUAGAUAUACUGGCAUCAUCUGGAGUCUUCAGAUGUAGUUCGGAGAAAAGCGCAUUUUAUCUAAACUUUACUUGAUGAAAAGACCAGCACUUAGGAAGGUUCUUUUUUUUUUAACCUGUCAUUCGUUUUUACAAUUCUAUAUAUAUAAUCUGUAGCAUGCAGUUCCAAGUUCCUGCUGUCAGCAGAACGCAGUAGCAAAUAUGCAAUUUUUUUAUCAGCUCAUAAAGUCAAGGUUUCAUAAUGCAAAGACCCUUCAUUGUUAUGUCAUAUACUGUCAAACUGUUGUAGGAUUGUGUCUAAGGUUACUCGUAGACAUCACACAGCACUUAAAAAUUCAAUUAACUUACAUUUAAAAUUGUGGCUGAUUUCUCAGUCCUUCAGAACUUGACAUGAAAUAUUGUUUCAUAAACGCUGACUGUCUCUAUAGCAGGAGCUAAAGUGAUUGUAAAGAAUCGAGAAGAGAUUGUGUGUUAGCGCUUGGUUAGUCAAUGUGUGGCAGUGUGCAAUAUUUGUAGAUACAGACACAAAACAAUAAGUAGAGGUAAAUACCGCACUCUACAGUCUCUUGAAAAAGUAUUCAUAUACCCUUGAAAUUUUCCACAUUUUGACAUGUUACAACCAAAUAUGUAAAUGUUUUU